AUGAUGAUAACUACAUUUCUACUAUAUAUUUUUGGAUUGAUAUUUCUUAUUGAACCAACAUUCUGUACAGUAUCUGUUGAUGAUUCUAAUACUAUUCUUAUUUCAAAUGGGUUCGUGACAUGUUAUUCUGAUCAUUUAGUUAUUCAUUUCUAUUAUUUUCCAUUUGGUGAUAAAACAAUUAAAUAUGAAAAUAUUCGUUCGUGUGAGUUACUUUCAUCGAAUGAUCUAAAUUUUUUUGAAACAAAAUCUUGGGGAAUGGCAUUUUCAAAUAUUUGGUGGCAUUUGGAUAUCCGUCGUCAAUGGCGUAGUCAUUAUAUUGUUUUAAAUGCUAAUCAAUGGCCUAAAAUAGGUGUUACUAUGAAUGAUGAUGAUACCAUUAAAGUUUACAAUAUAAUUAAAAAUAAAAUGAUAAUUUGA